AUGAAGCUUUCUUACUCUUUCGUUUACGUAUACGCGAUAUUUUUAAUUUGCUGCUUUUUCUUGCCAGCAACUGCUACCAUUUUUACUCCUUAUUCCAACUGCCCAGACUUGUUCUUCGAUCAUAGAAGUUUUACAGCUAAUAUUCCUUCUGCAGACAUCACUAUAAGCAAUGUAAUGUAUAUUGGGAAUGACCGAUAUCAAGUCACUAUCAAUUUUGAAGGUGACGAAUUUAUGUCAAAGAAAUCCCUAUCAGAAUUGAAGCUAUUCCUGAACAGCGAAACAAUUGUUCUAUACUCAAGUACUUUAAAUGUCGACAGGAUUUUUGAUACCUCAAAAUGGAGUACUACAGUUGUUGUCACCGGUGAUCGUAACGGCAAUCAAGUAUGCAUGCCCCCUUUUCAAAUUCAGUAUGACUGGUGUUCGGGUGGCAUACUAGACCUAGGUGAAUGCUUAUUAUGGAAAUUUCAAAAGUUUUACGACCAUAUAACCGGAUGCUCAGUCGAUAAUUAUGGAAACGCUCACUCAGACUCACCUACUUAUUGCUGGACAGAUAACGAUAUUACCUCCAGUUCAGCGAUAACAAAAAUCUCCACUCAAGCCACGACUUACAGUACUGGCGAGCACAUUACGGCAAGAAAAACUUCCAGUCCCUCCAAUAACGUUGCUUCAUCAACUGUGCAGAGUGGUUCUCCUUCACCUACUAUUCCAGCUUUCGCUUCAUUCCAAAGCAGUAAGAAAAAAGCAAGCAACACGCCUUCUUCGGUUCAAAUUAGCAGUAUAGGUUCAAAUGGUAUUGCUAGUUCAGCAGGAAUUAGCAACUCAGGAUCCAGUGGUAUUGCUGCUUCUUCAGUUCCUAUCAAAAGCUCAGCAUCCAACACAGAAGCUACUUCGGGGACUCCAAUCAACAACUCAGGUCCUUAUGGUAGCAUUACUUCAUUUUCAGUGUUGGCAAGUUCAAAGCCAAUAAAGGAUGUUACUUCUUUAGAUCUAAUUACCAACUCAAGAUUCAACGGUAACGCUACCUCCUCGGCCCCUAUUAGCAGCUCAGGUUCCAGUGGUAGUCUUACGUCCUCGGUAUCAACGAACAGCUCAGGAACAGUUGGUAGCGUUGCUCCCACUACUGCGAUGACAAAAUCAAUGCCAGUCUCGAAUGCUACGUUGCCGAUUCCUACUAGCACAUCCGGAUCCAGUGGUAGUGCUUCCCCGGUUCGUGUUAACAGCUCAGCAACCGGUGCCAGAGUUACUUCCUCUUCUUUGAUGACAAAUUUAACAGCAAUUGUAAAAAAUGCUUCUUCAGCUUCAAUUAGCAGCUUAGCUCUCAAUGGUAAUGCUACUAGGUCUAUUCCAACUAGUAGCAUAGGACACAACGGUAGAACCCCAGGAUUCAGAAGCAGUUUUGUUUCUCAGGCUCCAAUGAGUAAUAACUCGGUGUCCACUAGUAAUUCUGCUUCCUCAACUCCAAUUAGCAACAGUUCGGUAUCCACCAGUUUUGUUGUUUCCUCGAUUCCUACCAGCAUUUCAGGAUUCAGUGGUAGAGCUACCUCCCCGGUUCCUACUAGCUUUUCGGAAUACGGUGGCAGUUUUGUUUCUCAGAUACCAAGUAACAACAACUCUGGAUCCACUAGUGUCACUGCUUCCUCAGCUACAAUUAGCAGCUUAGGCUCGAAUGGUAAUAGUACUUCCUCAAUACCUAUUACCAGCUCAGGAUUCAGCGGUACUGUUGCUUCCCCGGCUCCCAUUAACAGCUCGGUAUCCACAAGUAUUACUGCUUCCUCGGCUCUAAUUAGUAACUUAGGUCCCAACGGUAAUACUACUUCAGCUCCAAUUAACACUUCCGAAUACAGUGGUACUUUUGUUUCUCGGGCUCCAAACAGCAACGUUUCGGUACCCAUUAGUGCUAUUGCCUCUUCACUUUCAGUUAGCAGGUCUGCUUCCUCAACUCCAAUUAGCAACAGUUCGGUAUCCACUAGUAUUAUUGUUUCCUCGACUCCUACCAGCACUUCAGGAUUCAAUGGCAGUGUUGUUUUCUCGACCCCUACUAGCACCUCAGGAUUCAAAAGCAGUUUUGUUUCUCAGGCUCCAAUGAGUAAUAACUCGGUGUCCACUAGUAAUUCUGCUUCCUCAACUCCAAUUAGCAACAGUUCGGUAUCCACCAGUUUUGUUGUUUCCUCGAUUCCCACCAGCAUUUCAGGAUUCAGUGAUAGAGCUACCUCCCCGGUUCCUACUAGCUUUUCGGAAUACGGUGGCAGUUUUGUUUCUCAGAUACCAAGUAGCAACAACUCUGGAUCCACUGUCACUGCUUUCUCAGCUACAAUUAGCAGCUUAGGCUCGAACGGUAAUAGUACUUCCUCAAUACCUAUUACCAGCUCAGGAUUCAGCGGUACUGUUGCUUCCCCGGUUCCCAAUAACAGCUCGGUAUCCACCAGUAUUACUGCUUCUUCAGCUUCAACUAAUAACUCAAGUUUCCACCGUAUUGCUAGUUCUUUGAAGCCAGUAAGUACAACUGUCAGUCAUGGUGAUUCAAUUUCUACUCUGUUGAUUACCCCAAAAGAAGGGAUUGCAGAUAGCUUCGUUAGUUCCCCAACUGUUACAUUUUCGAGUGCUAGUUCUUUUCUUCCUUGGCCAGAAUUUUCAGCUAAUUCUUCCGACACUAAGUACGGGAACUCUUCCGCUGAUGGUUUCGUGACGGCGUCGACUCCUAUUGCUUCUAGUGGGAUUUUCAGUACUUUUGUAGUUUCCAUUUUAUCUAGCAACUCAAACUCACAUGGUAAUGCUAGUAAUACUUCAAAGUUUACUUCACAAGCCGUUAGCGCUAGUAGCCAAUCGUCGAUUAUUGAUUCUGUCGCAUCAGCAGGAUCAAAAGUUUCUUCUUUUUUGGUCCUCUUUGUUUCCUUUGUUAGUCUCUGGAUACUUGCUUGAUCUGUAAAUUAGAAUUUUUUAGGAUUUUAGCGAUUUACGUUAGUAUGCACGCUCAUAAUAUGAAGUUGAGCAGUCUGGGAAUUUGGGAAUGACCUGCAUUAGGGAUGUCACAACUUACAAUUGUCAAG